GACAACUUGAAAUGUCCUGCAACAUCUACCAUGUAGGCACAUUAAAUUAUUUCUGCCUGGGUUCUGACUUUCUCUCCUUUCUCUCUCUCUCUCUCUCUCUCUCUCUCUCUCCAUGGAUCUGGGCAAUCAUGAAAAAACAGAUUCCAUAAACCAGAACUUGAAGGAGAAAUUGACGGUCCUUUCUGGAGACUCUGAAACCAAACCUUUGAUCUUCACAUUCGUCCCAACCAUACGAAGACUACCAACUCAUAGUCAAGUUGCCGAUGCCUCUAAAUACCUUGUUAAAAUUGGUGAAGAACCAAGAGAGAAGAGCCAGGAAACAGUAAAUAGGUCCAAUUCCAAUGAAUUCUCGGACCACCUGAUUUCGAAAAGUGGAAUCCAACAAGAAAGUGAUAUCCAGACAUACGUGUGCUCUACAGAAACCAGCCAAAAGAUUUUCCAAGGCAGAGGGCUUAAAUUGAAUCAACCAGAAACAAUGCAGCAGAGUGACCUUUUCAAAGCAGAAUAUGUCUUUAUUGUGGACUCUGAAGGGGAAGAAGAAGCUGUAUGCAGAAAGGAGGACAAACAGGCCCCUACGGGGAGUGGUCAUGGGUUGGCAAGACCCAGGUCCCUAGCUAUAGCCCCAGGGCCUGUCCCUACACUGCAAAAAUCACAUCGUGGUGACUUCCAAGUUCCAGGACAACCUGAGCUUCCUCAAGAUGCAACCAAUCAACAAAAGCCAAUACAGUUAACUUCUCUCUCUACCACCUCUGGUCAGCUCGCCUGUAAAUCACCUGCUCUCUUUGUUUCACCAACUAAUCUGAAAGCACAAUCUGACACGGUUAGCCUGCACGAAGCCUCUCUCCUGGAAGAAUUCCAUACUAAGAGGGUGGAUCCACAUGGGUCAACCAUGCAAGAGACGUCGACAUAUUUUCAAGGGACCACUUACUCUUCCCCUUGUUUUGCAUCAGAGGAAACCACUUCAGAGAUAAAAAGCACUCAGAUCUUAGGUUCUAAACAGCUAAAAGAUAUCUCUAGCCCAACCUUAGCUCGCCAAGAGUCUGAAUUAAGGUCAGAAAUUUUAAGCAAGAGUUCAACUUCCCCUUCACAUCUUAUCAGCUCAAGUGAAAGUCAGAGCUUCACUGCUCAGGGACUGCCCGCAACUACUCCCAAGUCUGAUUCAUCAUCGUAUAUACCUGUUCGUAUCAUCACACAUUCAUUAUCCCCAAGUCCUAAACCAUUGAAUUCCACUUUCUAUGGGUCCUCUUCAACUUUAUGUAGCCAAGCUUCAUCUAGUGGAAAUCUUGCAAAGUCAGGAGUUAAAUCCCCAAUACCAACUCGACUUUCUCUUUUGACUGCUAUUUUGAAGUCAAGCCCUCCUCAUGGGAGACCCUUUUCUCCUGCAUCCUGUCCCACCUUCUCUUCUAACUCCCUAACUUCAUCCACACUCACACUGGAUCAAAAGGUGAAGAGAACCCCACCUACUCCUAAGAAAUCUUACUCUAGUUUCUCCCUCAGGGAAGAAUCUCCAGAUCUAGGGGAACACCAGCCCACUGAAGUCCCCCAUCAAUCAAUUCACUCUCCUUUCUUCACCAAGAUUAGUCCUGCUUCUCAGGAAGCUCCCCUUUCCCAUAAAAAGCCCUUAAGCAGCAGUCAACUUUCUCCUAAAUUAGGGAGAGCUCCUUCACCCCCUAUUUCUCCUAAGAGGAAUAUGGUCUCACCACAAUCACAAAGCAAAAUAGUGAACUCAUCAACCCUACCCCCUAUUCCACCAUGUUCUUCUGCUGUUUCCAUUAAUAAAAACAACCAUGAAGCUGACUCCAAAGGUCUAGCUCCUGAAAAGCCCAAGAGAUUUCAUACAUACUCAUCCACUUCACCCUCUUCUAUCUUAUGUUCUCUGUCUGACCCUGCUAGCCAAAGAAACCCUCUGUCUUUUUCAAAUGAAUAUUCCUUUCCAACUACUCCCUUACAUCCUACAUGCCAGUCAAAGGUAGCUUCAUCACAGUUAUUAGCUAAGGAGAAGAACUUCAUAUCUGCUACUUCUCCAAGCAUUUCUAUCCCCAGUUCUCUCUCUCAUCCUAAUUUGGGGUCCUCCAUUCCUCCUGCUGAUAAUAUUAAUUCCCAUACAGUUCAGAAGAUUUCAUCCCUGCACCCAAAUUAUCGAGUCAGUACCUUACCCAUAAGACCUACAAUGCCCCCUGAAACCACAGUAACAUAUGCUAGAUCCCCUGUUUCAAGCCUGGCACCUCCCAUAUCCCUAACAAGAACCAAGGAGUCGACUUCACUACAGCCUUUGUCCCUGCCUUCAGACCCUGAAAAUAAGAAAUCCAAGCAAUACAAGAUCAAGUCCAGCUACAAGGCCUUUGCAGCAAUCCCUACAAACACAAUACUUUUGGAACAGAAGGCACUAGAUGAACCUGCCAAGUCAGAAAGGAUCACCAAGGACAGCACAUUAGACUCGCAUCUGGAGUUUUGUUCCCCCGCACAGCUCAGGCAGCAAACUGAAGAGCUCUGUGCUGCCAUUGAUAAGGUCUUACAGGAAUCCUUGUCCAUGUGUCCUUCAGAUUCUCCUUCAAGUUCCAUGCAGACAUCAUUGGGCUCUGAUGGAAACAAAAUGCCUGCAACUCUUCCAAGAGCAGCUGGUCGAGAAACAAAAUAUGCAAAUCUCACUUCCCCAUCAUCUACAGCAGCUGUGAGUCAACUGACAAAACCUGGAGUUAUUCGGCCAGUUUCAGUAAAAUCCAAAAUAAUUUUGAGGAAAGAAGAAGAGGAGACAUAUGAGCCAAACCCUUUCAGCAAAUACUUGGAAGAAAACAGUGGCCUCUUUGCUGGGCAGAGAUCUGCACUACCUCCCCUCCCUGCCAAGCUAUCCCCGUUUGAUACUCAACACUGAUGGCAAUGUGGGUGAAACUCAGAUUUCGUUCGACCUAAUGAUGCAUCAAGCUGUAUUACAACUGUGACCUUCCUCUUCCCCUCUCUGGGUCAUCCCUAUGAUAGUCUGUGGGCCAAAUACACUCACUGGUCCCAUUUUGGUGAAAUCGUCAAGACGUUCCCUUCCCUCUUUCAUGCUUUAUAUCGAAAUAUCAUUUUUUCACAUUUGCAUUUUCAACUGAAAUGUUUUGCUCAGUUUUGUCAUAACAUUGUGUGUUUUCUAAAAAAUUGCUAACUUUUGUUAAAAGCAUCAUAUUUUGGGGAAAAUUUUGGGGGAAAAUGAUUAUUUAAAAAAUCUAGACAUUAUUGAAGCUAGUUAUUGGCUUAAUUUUACAGGAUCUCUCUUACAUCUAUCCCCACUUUGUUUGCAAAGAUAAGCCUGAUGAAUUGGCUUCUCAAAAUUUUACAUGCAGUGUUUGGUUUACAAUGUGGGAAGUUUAAUAAAAAAAAAGUGUUUUUUUUCCUAUAGGUGCUGUUGGAUAUUGGACAGUGACUUAGGAUUAUAGAUUUAGAUCUGGAAGAUACAUUGAAGGCUGUCUAGCCUAACACCCUCAUUUUACAGAUGAGGAAACUGAAGCUCAAAGAGGGUGAGUGACUUGUGUAAGGUCACAUGGGUAGUGAGUGGAAGAGGUAGUAUUUGAAUCCUAGUCCUCUGACUCUUAGUCCACUAUUCUUUCUAUUAUACCACUUCUUCAUGAAUAAGGUAAACUAGUUUCCAACCUUCACCUUUUUGUUUUGAGACAAGUUCAUUUUUGUUUAUUUAUUUAUUUUUUUGGGGGGGGGAGGCAAUCAGGGUUAAGUGACUUGCGCAGUGUCACACAGCUAGUAAGUGUUUGAGGGCACAUUUGAAUUCAGAUCUUCCUGACUUUAAGGCCCAUGCUCCAUUCACUGCACCACCUAGCUGCUCUGACAAGUUUAUUUUUAAACUCACUUUUUUAUAGUUUAUAAUUUUAAAAAAAUUAGUUCAAGUUUUCUCUUUACCAUGUAUCUGCAGGCUGUGGCAUUAGUUCUAGUGUGUAUUAUUCUAUGUUGUAAAGGGAAAUUCUCCCUAUCUCUCUUCAAUAGUUAUUGAUAUAGUAAAAAAACAAAACAAAACAAAACUUGAUGUCACUUCUCUGAAUUAAAAAAAAACAGGUUUUUUUUGUCAUGAUGACCACUAGUUGACUAUUUGGUGCCUAAUAACUAUUUCUUAAAUUUGCAGGAUCCAUUCAUGUGAAGAAUUGCUAGUAGUAUAUUUGUGAAGCAGUAUUAUUUGUGCAAAAGUACUGUUUGUAAUGGACAUCAUGUGCUUUUCUUUCUUUUUUCUGCUAAGAGAGUUUUACUGUUACCAUAUUUUCAAGAUCAUAGGGAACUUCUGUACACUAAUCCCAAAGAAAUUAUUCAGUGCAUAUCUUUAAAGUUUUUAUUUAAAUAAAAUGAAUUCAACUACAGCCAAGAUAUGGAUUAUAGGCAAGUAUUUGAGUGAAUGAUUUCAAAAGUCCAAAAUCUGUAUUUUUUCAAAGAUCAUAUAGUUUAAAUUUGCAAGUAAGGAAACAUGAUAUUUACUUUGCUUCUAAUUCAUCAUUGUUUUUAGCCAGAACAUCAUCUUUAGACUCAAUGAGAGCUAUAUCACAGUUUAUGUGUAAGUAAUAAUCCAAGAAACCAUCUAGGAGGUUUAAGGACUUCUACAGUGUGAAAGAUGUAGUAUAGAGAGGGGUAUAAUGAGCAAAAAUUUAACAACAAAUGGUAUGCAUUGAUUUUUGGAUAAUCAUCAAUAUGAUGCCAAUAAAUAAUGAAUAUUUUUCUCAAGUAGAGAGUCAGGAGGCACCAGACAUAAUAAGCACAAAAUAAUGCCACAAAAGACACUAUAUCUUAAGCAACAGAAAACAACUAGCUUCCAAGGUGGGUGGACAUUUCCAAAUCAGCUGUCUGUGUACAGUUAGAUAAUUUCCUUAGUAAAGAUUAAAUUUAGUGACAAAUUAGAAAAAAAAGAAAAUAGAGUGCAUAAUAAAAUUUCUCUUAUAUGAGCUGGUGAAAAAACCAUUGAUUUUAAAAUGGGAAUAUAUAAAAAGAGCAGAGAUGGAUCCAGAUCACUUCUAUUUUCUUAGGAAGUUUAGUCAAUUUCAACAAUACAGAGAUAAGGAGAGCUUAGGAUGCCUUUUGGCCAGCAAAUAUUAGAUCCUUUCAACAAGCCGAGAGAUGUGGCAAGCAAGGGCAAUACAGAUUUAGAAUAUGAACUUAUUUUUAAAAUUUUAUGAAGAAGGAUGGUAGGAUGUUAUAAAAAAUCAUCUCCUUAAACACUGAGAAAUAAUGAGGGAAAAAUAAUUUUAUAGAAAGCUUAAUCAGAAACCUAGUGAAGUCAACUCAUUCAGAGAGCAUUUUAGGAAAGAAAUCAUGAAAGGAAGAUGACAGAUGAUAAAUCAUGUGUGUGUGUAUGUGUGUGUGUGUGUGUAUGUGUGUGUGUAUAUAUAUAUAUGUAAAGGUUAUACUGACAAACUCUUAAACUGGUCUAGUGGAUUUUGAACUAAAACGACCUGUAUUUGAAUACUUUUGGGACUCUUACUAGCUGUGUCACUCUGGGAAGGUCAUUUGCUUACCCUCUCUGAGCCACAGUUUCUUGAUCCACAAUAAUAGCACCUGCCUCACAGGGCUGUUGUGAGAAGAAACUGUAUGUCAAUGUGAGCUAUAAUUAUUUUUGUUAAUAUUAUUAUCAAUAAGGAGUCACCACAUUUAGACUCUAACAUUAUAGUCCCUGAUGUGUUACUCGAAGAGGUAGAGAGAAAAAAACAAAAACAUAUCAAAGAUGGGGGAAAAAAAACUGGAAAAAAUCAAGUGUACCCAGAGGGUACCUGUAUGAGAUAUCCCAUAGUUUUGAGGGAUUGAUUUUCAAGAGAAUACACAAGUAUUCAUUAAACACUUACUGCUUGCCAGGCUUUGGGGAAGGAACUGGGAAUACAAAUUUUCAAGUGAAACAGUCCUGCCCUUAAGGAGAUUACAUUCUAAUAGAGAGAGACAACACAUGUUAAGGAGUUUUGACUAGGUAAUGGAGGUUUAGUAGGAGGAAUGAUGGUAGUGAUAAGUAGAGCCAUUAGACUGCCAGCACUUCUUUUUCAGAAGCAAAUGUCCCAUUGUUUUGGUAAAUGUUUCCAGAACCAGAGGUGGAUUACAUAGGCAUAGGGAGUAGGGAGUAUUGUUACACAUAUGACAACAGGGCAAAGGGAAAGACACGCAUAGUAUGGAUGGAUAAAUAGGAUGUGGAGUAAGGUUGGGGUUGGCUAGAUAUAAAGAGUUCAAUUGAGUUUGAAACUGCUGUUUCAACCUAUCUAGAUAACUAAGCCUCAAAUGGUGUUCCAUAUAUGAAUGGAUUAACUCCAAUGGAUGGUAGAGGUGGAAUGUCAUCUCUGAAGGUGUAAUCUGUAGGGUGCUCUUCCAGAAGAAGAUAGUGGGAAUGGUUUGGCAUAUGGCAAGACACCAUAUGUGUGUAUGACUUGAUGAGAUGAAGAAAAAUGGUUAUGAAACAUUUGGAAAAUAAUUACAGGCAUUGCUACCCAAGAAGGGUGAUUGAGAAAUCCUCAAUGAGCAUGGAUCCAUGUUCCAACUUUCUUGUUUGUAGAAUACAAAUAUCAAGAGUAUCCUGGAUGAAGGUAGGAGAAGGAAAUAGGCAAACUUUUCUAAUGCCAUUCUGCAAAAGAUCACACACAUAUGUGCAUAUAUAUGUGUAUAUAUUAUAUGUAUCCACACACAUAUGUAUUUACAAUCAACAGUACACUAUACAAAUGACUGUAAAAGGUCACACUGUACCUACUUUUUGUUUACUAUACAGAAAAGUUUUUUGCUUGUUGGAGAAAAAUGUCUUCUCCAGUGAGUUGAUUCCCAUGCAUGUGUUCUAAGUAUGUACAAUUCCUUAAAGGAAACAGUAACAGAGAUGACUUUGCUUGAUGACACUUCUGCUUAGAAAUAACAAGAGGACCAACAAAACAGGUCUAUGCUGGCCAAAGCCAUUUUCCACCCAUAUGAAUGAUGUCCAGUGAAGAGUCCAGGUAGAAGGAGGAUUCCUUAAAGGUGGUCAGGUCCUUCAGGUGCUCCUGUUUGUAGGUAACAUUGUUAAGAAAGCUGUUUGCAUCAAGUCCUGAACUGUCACUCAAAGUGUAACUAAAGGAUAUUUAUUGUUCAUACCAUACAAUUGAAUGCUUAACUCACAGAAAUGGUCCUUCAGUACAUACUAGGUCUUCGACAAAGUGCAAAAGGACAAAAACUGUCCCUAGAAUUGAUCAAGAGGUGGGGGCAAGUUAGAUUGCCUUUGGGAAAAUUUACUAAGAUUUUAAUGACACCAAAUUUCCUUUUUUUGGCAGGUGAUGCCUACAAAAUUACACCACAUAGGUGACUCCUAUUUCCAAGGUCAUCCCUUGUGGGCUAUAUAUAUUCUCUAUGGCACUGAAUCUAUUGGCAAUGUAAUUGUUCCCCACCCUUUCUUAAUAUUCUCAGCUUUUCUUUCUCUUUCCCCAGAUCACCAGCAUUAUUGAAAGCUUCACCACAUACACCUUAGCUAUCUCUUCUUCCCAAGUACAAACUCAUGAAAAUCAAUGAGAAGAAAAAUCAAAAAUGGAGACAAAGUAUAUAUGAAUAUUAAAUAUCAGACUUGGAUGUUACCUGAUUAUUUUAGACUUAGUUCUAUUUUAAGCCUUGGGCAAAGAGCUGACUUGGAGGAAAAAAGAAAUGAGGGAGUCUAUGUUUCUUGUCAGGGGCAGUUAGGUGGCAGAGUGGAUAAAGUGCCAGGCCUGGAAUCAGGAAGACUCAUCAUCCUGAGUUAAAAUCUGUUUUCAAGCACUUAUUAGUUAUGCUACCCUGGGCAAGUCAUUUUACCCUGUUUGCCUUAGUUACCACCUAUAAAAUGAGCUGGAGAAGAAAAUGGCAAGCAAUUCCAGUAUCUUUGCCAAGAAAACCCCAAAUAGAGUCAUGGAGGGUUGGGCACAACUGAACAGGAAAAAAAUUUCUUAUUUAUUAUAAAAGUUAUAAGGUUUGUGCCUUAAAACAAACUACCUGUCAUAUGACUGUCAUAAUUAAUAAUUUUCAUCUCAGUCUUAACCAUGCUUCCCAAGCUCUUGGUACCCAUUUUCACCUCCAGAUUGUUAAUUCAGGGAUUUGGCUAUUUUUCUCCUUUUUGUUAUUUUUCCUUUUCCUUCCCCAAAGAAUUCCAUAACUAGAACUGAGAAAAAUAAGUGUUAUAAAUUUGUGGCCUUCUUUCCCUUACAUGCCUGCAACCUGUUUUCUCAAUAAGCAAAGUUAUGUUUACUAGAAUGCAGGGAAGCUCUGUAAUUACAGGAGUUCAGACUGGGUUGCAUAGCACAUGUCAUCUUACUUUGUAUUUCUAUUGAAUUCCCUUACUAUAUUUUAUUAAAACAUUAGAAAAUUUUCGUAGUUCUCCUAAGGGUUUCUUUUCUUUUUGCCUUUUCCCCACCUUUUGCAAUACAUUUCAAGACUGACUGAUAUCAGUGUCAUCAAAAGGGAGGUUAAAGAUGCAUCGAGUGUCUUUAAAUUGAAAUAAAACACCAAGUUUGCUAUGAAAGAAAUUAUUCAUUGCACAUCUUCUUUUGUGGCUUUGGCUUCAUCUCUGGCAAACAUUGCUUUUUUCUUUUCUGUUAAAACUUCAGACAGCUCCAUGAGUUUGGUUCAUUUCCUUCUUUAACAUAAAGUUCUGAUAGUGAUACUUGCAAGAGACUUUGGGAAUACAUUUUGCUCUUUUGUCUCUCUGAGUUGUUGUGUUUCUAACUGCCUGGCUGUGAACUAGGAAAAAAAUACGUUGCAGAAUGAUGAUGGGUUGAUUUAAAUUCCUUGUCUGAGACAGCUGUGGAUUUAAAGAAUACAAUCUCAGGAUAUUAAAAACUUUAAGAUGGUUAUUUUAAAAUAAAGAUAAAACUCUUUAGUCAUUGCAAGCCAUCUGAAUCCUUGAUGCAGAUGAUUUAGUGAUAAAGAAUUUUGUUACUUGGUGCAAUUUGUGAUGGCGCAGUAUAAUGAACAUCAAACAUGUGCAUGGUCUGCUCAGAUUUGUGAAGUAAUAAAAAUAUCCAUUUCAUUUUU